GUCCCACCUGUAUCCAGUAUGGAAGGACCAUAAACUAAAUAGCAGAAAUGGAUUGCCUGUGUGUGAAAAUCGUUGGUUUUCCUAAUUCUAAACCGUCUUUCUGCUUGGUAAAACUUGGUGUAUGUUUCGCAGGGCUCGGUAGUCGUUGGUUUUAGACGAGUGCUUUCCCUGCAGCAAAUAGUGGUCUGCUGGAGAGGGGGCGAAAUGGGGUGUUGGGGGGAGCAAGCUUCUUAAGAAUCACUGUCACUUCUGUAGAAAGAUAGUGUACGAGUCGCAGCCAUCUGGUCUUUAUGGCAUUUGUGCCAUUUUGAUUCAAAUGGAUAUUAUACCAACCUAUGACAGUGUGAAGGACACUUUCUUUUAAAGCUUUCGAGAAGAAAAAAACCCGAUGCAGGAUGAAGAAUAUUAAAGGAAGUACAAAUGGCAGAUAUUUAUGUCCUUCAAAGUCGAACGAACAACUUUGGCCUAUCGUGGAAUGAAAUAAAGGAGUGAAAAUGACAACAGUUGCUUUUCGGGGAACUUCUCUCAUGAACAUGUUCAUACAGAACUGUUGGGUUGUUGGUACACAGCGAAUAAUCAGUCCCCGCGGCGAGGAAGAAUUCAUUGAAGUCCGGACUGAAUUGUCGGAUAGAAGUAUUCUCUAUUUGCAUAGAACGGACCGCGAUCUGGGAAGCUUUCUAAGAAAACUCAUGGAUGCCUUCCCAGAAGACAGAGGAAGCCCUACACAAUCAGCGCUCCUAGAUGGACUUGUGAGAAUCAGAGAAGCCGCCAAGGCCAAUGACAUUGAGAGACGAUUGGUGGAGGUGGAGAAGCUUCUCCGUAGUGCCAUCAACUUGCCCAUGAAGUACUCACGGUCAGAGGCAGUGCUCGCGUUCUUCGAGCAAUCUCCACUGGACAUGAUGAUUAGAGAAAAUGACAUCAGUGACAUGGAACCACACUGCCAAUGUCCAGUAACAAUAUCAGAUGUCAUGAGGAGCAAUGGAUUUUGCCUGGCCAACACCGAGACCGUUUUCUAUGAUAACUGUGUAUCGAGGGACCGAGGGAGAACUCUGCCCGCACCUGACCAGGCUGCAGGGUCUGCGUACAACACCCAGUCUGUUUUCAAAGACACCCUGGACCUUGUUGAGGCGGCAUCAGCGGAAGGUUGUGCCGAAGACCAAGAAACGCCUUUCCCUAAGUUAACCUACUACCAACUGUUGACAUAUGAGACGGAUAUUCUGGAAUGAAAGAGAUGGCUGCCAUGUUGCUCUAGUCAACCUACUCUUUCACUGGCCUAGUACAAAAUGUAUAGCUUACAGACAGUUGCUGCUUGAUUUAAAUAGUUCCUACUUUUUGCCACAGUAAUAGUAAGAGAAUAAAAACGUGUUAAGAUUAUAAUUUUUUACGUCAAUCCCAUUCUCAGAACAGAUUUAAGAAUAUACUAAAUGUUGCAUUGCACUGAUAACUAGUCUUUUUUUUAUUUUUUAUACACCAGAUUUGUUUUCCCCGCGUAGUGCAGGCAUUCGUUUUCGUUCAUCUUACACAUAUGCUUUUAAAUCACGAAGUUAGACUGUGUUUACGGUUUACUUGUUUUCCAUGAAGAACAGGGAAAUGGAUGUGAUGGGACCGGAGAGAUAUAGCGAAUAAGUUGAGCAAUGGGGCUGGGGCAGCUCAGUCUAAUGCCUCCAAAGUUAAUGACAGGUGUGAGGGGGUGGCGUCUACCACACCAGACGCCGUUUCCACGGAUCUGUACCCCGACCGUACGUCUUUCUGACGUCUGAUUUGAUUGUCGUGCCAGAAUGUGCGGGGUUAAAGGAGGCUGUGUGAAUUCUUUGUAGUUGGAGUCUGAACCGGGGCCACAUUGUAAAGGACCUCCAUGGUUCAUAAUAUAAGCUUCACUGCACUGCCAUCCACUGGCCAAUCAGGUUCAAGAACAAACCAGACAUCGACUGUGUGUUGUUUUGUAAUGCAUUUAGUCUCAGAGGUCCUGCCAUUAUUGUUUUUCUUGCCAUCCAUUGGUUCACAGGUAAUUCUGCACUUGAUUAAUUAGCAUUUUGUUUUCUGCAGUAUUUCAGGAUAUGUGUCUGUCCGCAUUAAUAUAAUGAUGGGAAUCAAUUUUCUUCCUGAUCUAUUGUUGGCUUUUUAACAUACAUGUUGUGUAGUUCAUUGAAAUUAAAGAUUAUAUUGUAA